CUCUACACCCUCCUCAUCAUCUCGAUUCGUGGCGUCAAUUCGUCAUUCUCAUAAUUCGUCAUAGCUUUUUGGAUACAACCUUGGAGAGGAUUAAAACCGCACAGGUAUCCUCCGGGUCGUACUUCAUUCCUUCUUCUCAAUCAUUUACACCGAAGUACACCCUGUCCCUGUCCAACAACGAAUAGCGGCCACAAAUUCCAUUCGCUCCAAUCACCAAAUUCUCUUAUAAUUAAACAUGAUGAUCUCUAGACCCAUUGUCAGAUCCUUCCCCCGAGCUGCUCGUUCACCACGCGCUCCGCUGCGUCACGUUCGAUUCCAAUCGACGUCAUCCUCGUCUAGCGGCUCUCAGUUCACUACCGGCAUAGCUGGCGGAGUAGCCGGUGCAGCCCUCUUCUAUGCCGCGUAUUCCUUCACGCCUGCUGGACAGACAGCUUCAAAACUGAAUAAGGCGGCCAAGGAAGCUCAAAAAACGUAUGAGGUGGCGGCAAAGAAACUUCAGGAGAAGACACCAACCCCCGAUGAGGCCGUCAGCGCAAUCAAGGGAUUUGCCUACUCUUACGUUGGGUGGAUCCCUGGUGGCCGUUCAUACGUUGACACCGCUUUCAACGACUGGGAAUCUGUUCGGAAAAAUCACCGCGAUGAAGCAGACGAGCUCGUCAACGAAGCAUACAAGAAGUUCCAGGAGAUUUCCAAGCUCGGUCUCAGCGUAGAAACUGCGUCGCGGGCUUACGAUGUCCUUGCUGAGCUUUCGAAGAAGAUUGCCAAUCUUGCUGGAGAUGCACUUUCCGACAUUCUCGACAACCAUCCUCAAGUCAAAGAAAAGCUCGGUGGAAAUGUCGAUAAAUUGAAGCAAUUCGGUGAGCAAUACGGCCCCGAGGCCAAGAAGCAAGUCGACGAGACGUGGAAACAGGUCAAGGAGAUUUUUGCCACAGGAUUUGGUGCCGGCAGUCUGGAAAAGGCCCGAAAAUUGAUUGAGGAGAAGGUGGAGCAGAUCAAGAAGCUCGGCGACGAGGCCUGGAAGAAGGGACUCGAAGAAGCCAAGCCCCUCCUCGACAAGAGCCCCAAGGUGAAGGAACUUGUUGAGAAGAAUGCCGACGCUCUCAAGCAAGGCAACAUCAAGGAAAUAUUUGACAAGGUCAAAUCUGCAGUCGAGUCUGGCGACCUGGGCGAUUUGGAGAGCUAUGUCAAGAAGGCUGCUGAUAAGGUCAAGUCCAAGGGCUCUGAGGAGUGGGUAGAUGUGGACAAGUACUUGAAGAUGAUUCCUCAGGGAGACUUUGUGUUCGAAAAGCUGCAACAACUGAGCGAAGUUGCGGACAAGCACAAGGAGGAGGGAGAGAAGUUGUUCAAGGAGACCAUGGAAGAGUUGAAGCAAGUGCUUGAGAAGAAGUCAGAAAAAGCACAUGAGAUUGUCAACAAGGCCAAAAAAGAUGCAGCUUAGCCAUUCAAUAGGCAAUAUAGAUAGCAUUCAGCAGUAAGCUGCGAACAAACAUCUUGAUCAGACUGAGUUAAGAC